AUCGAUGAAAUCCAGCUGGCGCUGAUCUAGAGAAUCUAGUCAACUGCUUGGGAAUUUGGAUUUCCGCAGAAUUGUGCUGGUAAAAGGGAGGAUUGAACGUCUCAGUUAUAAUUUAAUGCACAGAAUUAAUAUUAGUAUCGAUAAUUCCUUGAUUGGGCUUAUUAAUAGACAUGGGGAAAAAUAAAGCACAGCGUACGAAAAAUAAUGCUCGCCCGUCGAAUAGCAGCCGUAGUGCGGAACUUCUUGGAACAUCUGCGCCCAGUUUCAUUGGUUUUAAACCUGCUAAUGAUGAAGAAUAUACUCCUGUGUCACCAGGCUUUUCCAUAGCGGUUAAAGUUGAUGUGCCCCCUAAUUUUCAUAUAGUUUUUAAGAAAUUGAACAAGAAAAAUGCGACGACAAAGUACAAGGCAUUACAAGAACUGACAAAUUUCUGUACAAAUGCAAAUUUGACGGACAUAGAAAACAUGUUAAUAUUUUGGCCUCGUUUUUACUGUUUCCUUAGUAUUGAUGUAAAUCACAGAGUGAGAGAGGCAACUCAAAUAGCCCAUGCAACUAUUUUGAAUCGAGUUGGGAAGACAAUAGCCGUACAUUUAAAGGAAUUUGCUGGUCCUUGGUUUGUCUCGCAAUAUGAUUCGUAUCCACCUGUAGCUUCAGCAGCCACUAACAGUUUUAACACUACUUUUCCUCAACAAAAAUCUGUACUUGCAAUUGUUCAUUGUCAGCAUGAAAUUCUUAAUUAUAUUUGCGAUAACGUGACCGUUGUAACUCCCGAAUCACUUUCUACGAAUAACCCAUCGAUAGCUGGAGAAUUAGAAACGCAAUAUCAAAGAUUGGUUACGUCUAGCUUACAAGCCUAUAUUUUUUAUUUAAAAACUGUCAAGCCUUCGGAUAUCGAAAAAACAAUAGAGUAUCACAAAAAAUUAAUAAGCGAUCCUAGAUUCUGGAAGUUUGCUAAAAAUGAAAUUCCUUCGAUUAGAACAGUAUGCUUUGGUACAUUGUCAGCGUUAAUUUGUCAUGCUCAUGGCAUUAUAUGCGAGGUGAAAAAAAAAAUUCUGACUACAAUUAUGAAUAGUUUAGACGAAACAGAUCCAGCGCUUCUUAUUUCAGUUUGGGAAUGCCUUCUUAUAGCUAUAAAUAAAAUAGAGGAUUGGCAUAAAAUUGUAAGUCUAGAAAAAUUAGUAUUACCUAAAUUAUGGCGCAUAUUAAAAAGUGGCGGACAAAAUCGUGCAACUAUUGUUUAUCCACAUUUAUUGCCAUUUCUUAGUCAAUUUACGAAGCUUGAAAUUAAUAAGACUGCAUUAUUUACCAACUUCUUUGAAAAUAUGCGCCAAGGAUUUUCAGCAAGAAGUGUAAAGCUCAGUCGAUCCGAAACAACUACGGUAGUAACUUCAUACUUCGAGUGCUUUAGGUACGCUGUUCUAAUUAAUAGCAAUAAUGAAGAAGUUUGUAAAGAUUUACUCAAAGAUCAGCUAAUGUCCAUGAUAGAAUUAUGUAUCAACAAAGAUCUAUCGAUGAGGUCGAUUUUCUUUCCUAAACUGAAUAGUUUAAUAAGAUAUUGGAGUAAAAAUAGCGACAAUCCCGAAUACUCAGCCUAUGCAAAAGUGUUGAAGAUUUUCUGGUUUGAACUAAUGGCAAUUUUCAAUCGUUUCAUCGAUAAUUCCAACGAAAAUCACGAUAUUACGACAAACUUUAUUAUUGGCUCAAUGUUAGAGCUAUUAGAGCAUCUGAAUAAAGAGCCCAGCGACAACCGGCGUCAUAUGAAAAUCACAUUCUGGGAUUCGCAAGCAGAAUCUUCCGAACCCUCCAAGAACACUUCUGUUCAAGAGACGACGGUGGAAGCUGAUAAAGAUAAUGACUUAUUCGUGAAACAAGUCGAGCAAUUCAUCAUAAAAUUGUGUGUCAGUUACUUUAAGAGGAUCACAGAUAGAACCAAGAUCGUUGACCUUGUAAAAAUCAUACAAAUUUACAAAAGCAAGGAAUUACUUAUUGCACUGGUAAAUACGAACAAUGAAAAUGCCAACCUAUUAGAUUUUUAUAAUCAGAAUUUAAGAAUAUUAUUGACUAGCCAAGAUGUAAAUAUCGAUGAGUUGAUCAAAUUCAUAUUUAUUUUAAUGUCAUAUGCCGAAGAUUUAGAAAAAGAGGCGAUCCUGCAGUCAUUCGUGGAGAAUGUAAAAACAUUAAAAAUUGCAGUUCAAUAUGCAUUAAUGGAUUGGUAUAGGGAAGAUGCCGUAAUACGUAAAUGGCACAGACAAAAAGUUAUAACUAAUACAUUAGUGCUUACAGCUCAAGAUAUCUUAUCUACUUUAGAAUUAACAGAUUUUGAUCAGAAACUUUUUCUAAAAGCAUUCGAACCUGCACUGGAUGGAGAAUUAAUAGUCAGAAAUGAAGCUGUAUGCGGAAUUUUAUCAUUAUUCUGUUUAAUAGUUAAUAGAUUGUCGUGGAAUGAUGAAAACCAAACUAAACGAAUUGUUAAUCUUUCAUUUCAAUUAUUAAAUUUAUCAUGGACUCAUAAAGAGAUCGAUAGUAGUGUAAUUAAAUUGUUCAAAGCAUUAUUCGACUUACUUAUUAAUGAUAAUAUAAAACAAUCUGAAGUUGAUGUUAAUUCAUCUAUAAGGAGCAUAAUGCAAGAAAACUGGAUUAAAGGUCUUCAUGAAAUAAAGAGAAGAAUGUCUGCCGAUGUUUUCGAUGAAACUGUUAAAUAUUUUACAUCAAUAAUCUGGGAGAAAAUGUUAUUACAAAAUUAUACUAGCGAUUCAUCAAACAGCAAGGAGCCACUAAUCGAUCUAUCAAAAGAUUUUAUUGAUGCACAUAUUAAAAUGAAUCAAACGUUAUCUUUAAAUAAAAAGAUUUUCUAUGAAAAUGAUUUGUAUACAAUUUUCUUAGCAAGAAAUCAACUUGAUCAGAACGAAGAAUUGUUAGAAAACAUUUUUGAAAGAAUAGUAAAUUUACAAAAAAAAGAAUCAUUGACUUUACUCUUAGACUGUGAUAUCCAUGAAAUGACAUGGGCACAAUUUACUGUACCCAUCGAAGUUAUGUCUUUUCUUACCAAAUGCAUGAAUACAAUUUCUGAAAAGCUUACACUAAAACAGUGGUAUCUUAUAGAAAUUUGCAUAAAAUUGUGGAAUCUUUCUAUUAAAAAAUCUAUAAAUUAUCAUGAUGAUUUUAAGGUAAAAUCAUUUGUUAUUGGUGUUAAUAAGUUAUACGUCUCUAUUCAAAGUGUGAUAAAUAAAAAAACCUUACAAUCAUCUUUGUUAAAUGAAUGGGAAGAUUUAUUCGCCUCUAAUAUACAAGCUGAUAUUUUUGAAAUAUGGAUGAAAUUUGCAGACUUAUAUCACGACAAAAAGGAUUUGCCCAUUAUUGCCGAUGUACCAUUAAAGUAUUUGGGAAUAUCGUUAACAUAUUUUGAUAGGCCCAUAAUAAAUAAUGAUACAUCACAAAAUAAAGAUAAUCAAAAUAAAUUAAAUGAUCAGAUGAUGCAAUUGUUAUUAAAGCUGCUAUAUUCUCCAGUGCAAAGCUUACAAAUAGGAACUUACAUUGCUUUAAACAAUAUAAUAGACACAUUGGUUCAAUUAGAUAAAGAUGAUAUUGAGAUAAAAAAUUUUAAUCCACAAUCCUUAAAUAUUUAUAAAUUUACACAAGUUCUUAAUAUAACACAAACUAUUGUUAAUGCUAUGUUAAUGGAGUUUAAACCUUGUGAUUUUACAAAUUGUAUAAUUCAACCUAACACUGAUUCUUAUACAUACACCAUUAGUUAUUUAUUUACAUGGGUUAUCGUAUUAAAUAUGUGUGCUAAGGCAACUACAGAUUUACGUUAUCAAUAUGCAGAAAUAUUAAAGGAAGAUUUAUUCGCAAACUUGUUAACUAAUAUAUUCCGUUUAAUGCCAAUAGAAAUAAGUAUACAAAGGAAAACUUAUAAUUUCAAAAAAUUCUUUAGUAGCCCCCCUACUUAUAAUUUUAUUGAUAAUCAAAUUGAAGAGAGAAUUGUACAUUUGGUUUGCUAUUUAUAUAUGAUGUCCCUUAAAUACUUACCAGUUCUAGUAAGACAAUGGUUGAGUACGAUGGAAAAACGAGUACAGACUAUGGUAAAUGGAACUACAGAAAUUUAUGUUAGUCCGCUAUUACUGGAAGAAGAACUUGAAUACGAUAAGCUUAAAAGUAUCGAUAACAUGCAGAUAGAAAAACAUCCCUAUACCCGAGAAAUUAUAGUAUUAUAUUAUAUUGAAGAUACAAAAUUUGAAAUUGACAUAACUUUUCCAACGAAUUAUCCACUUUCCUCGGUAACGGUCCAACCGAAACCACAUCUCAGUGGAAUCCCAAACCAACGAAAUUCUCACAUGCAAUUAUCAAUUUUCUUGGAACACCAGAAUGGUACAAUUUGCGAUGGUCUCAUGUUAUGGAAAAGAAAUCUUGAUAAAAAAUUUGCGAGUAUGGAAGAAUGUUACAUCUGUUUCAAUAUAUUUCACACGAGUACUUAUCAAAUACCAAAACUUUCCUGUGGUACUUGUCGCAAAAAGUAUCAUCCAUCUUGUUUAUAUAAAUGGUUUAAUAAAAGUUUCAAAUCGACGUGUCCUCUAUGUAGAGAUAUAUUUCCACUUUAAUGCGGAUUCCCUACAUUUUAUUUAUAUUUUUAGAUAAAGAAAGUAUUA